AUGGGUUCUAUAGCGUACCCUCAGCCGGGGGACUCUCUGUUGAGACCUAUCGUUGUCGACGGCAAGUCUUUUGCACUCAAUGGCAAGAAUAUAUCGUAUCGCUUCCACGUCGACGAGACGACCGGAGACCUUUUGUCCGACCACUUCGGCGGCUUGGUCACCGAGAAUCCCAUCAUCCCUGGAACAACGCCCUCGAGCGGUUGGUCCAUGAACGGUAGCUUUCGUCGAGAAUUCCCAGAGUCCGGAAAAGGGGACUUCCGGAACCCAGCAGUUUACAUCAAGCACCAUGAGGGCUUCACCGUUUCUCACUUUAGAUUCCAGUCGUACAAGGUUUUUGACGGCAAACCCGACUUCCCUGAGAUGCCGGCUACUUUUGGCAAUGUCGACGAAGUCAAGACGCUUGUUGUGAGCAUGUAUGACGCAUACUCGGACGUUGCGGCAGACCUCGUGUAUUCGGUAUUUGCGGAACACGACGCUAUCGUGCGGCGAGUUGUUCUCACCAACAAGAGUGCAAAGCCUGUGACAAUCGAGAAAGUGGCAAGCUUCAGCGUAGACAUCCCUGCUGCUGAAUAUGACAUGGUCUGCCUACGUGGUGAAUGGUCCCGUGAGCGAGCUGAGCUCCGUCGCAAGGUUGAGUACGGCAUGCAAAGCUUUGGCAGCACAACAGGAUACUCUUCGCACCACUACAAUCCAUUCCUGGGCAUCACCUCUUCGAAAACCACCGAGUCGUCCGGCGACGCCUGGGGGUACUCUCUGGUAUACACUGGAUCGUUUGCCGCCGAGGUAGAGAAGAGUCCUCACGGCUUGGUGCGCACCUCUAUAGGUAUGAACCAGUAUCAGCUCUCGUGGGACCUUCAACCCGGCAAGACUCUCGUGUCACCUGAAUGCGUCGCCGUCUACUCGUCCUCGGGCAUCGGCGGCAUGUCGCGCAACUUCCACCGUCUGUACCGUCAGCAUCUCAUCAAGAGCGUCUUCGUCAGCGAGCCCAGACCACCUCUCCUGAAUAGCUGGGAAUGUUUGUAUUAUGGCGUGAACGAGCGUACCAUUGAGAAGCUCGCCGUCACCGCGGCGGGUCUUGGUGUCAAGCUCUUCGUGCUGGACGACGGCUGGUUCGGCGACAAGUACCCUCGCAUCAACGACAAAGCGGGGCUGGGCGACUGGAAAGCCAACCCUGACAAAUUCCCGAACGGGUUGAACCGUGUGGUUGAUAAGGUGACCAAGCUCUCGGUAGCAGGAUCCAGCAAGAGGCUUCAGUUUGGCAUCUGGGUUGAGCCAGAGAUGGUCAACCCUAAGUCUGAACUGUACGCUGAGCACCCAAAUUGGGUAAUGAGCGCUGGACUGCAUGAUCGAAGCGAGACUCGGAACCAGCUGGUUCUCAACCUUGCCCUUCCGGAGGUCCAAGAUUUCAUCAUCUCGUCUAUGACGACCUUGCUCCAAGGCAACGCCAUAACCUACGUCAAAUGGGAUCAUAACCGAGCCAUCCACGAGAACUCGGCACCCCAAAACUACCAUGCCUACAUCUUGGGUCUGUACAAGGUGUUUGAUACUCUGACAACUCGCUUCCCCGACAUCCUAUGGGAAGGGUGUGCCUCUGGUGGUGGCCGCUUCGACCCGGGCGUCUUGCAAUACUUUCCUCAGGUCUGGGCAUCCGACAAUAUGGACGGCAUCGAUCGCAUCAGCAUCCACUUCGGUACGUCUAUAGUGUACCCUCUGUCGAGUGUAGGCGCGCACGUGGGUGCCUCACCCAGCCACGUUACCAAACGCACUCAGUCGCUCAAGUUUCGAGCCCAUGUGGCUAUGAUGUCUGGCUCAUUCGGGUUGGAACUCGACCCGGAGACGCUUGACGAGGCCGAGAAGAAGAUGAUACCUGACCUCAUCUCGCUGGCCGAGAGGGUCAACCCCAUCAUCAUCACCGGCGAUCUCUGGAGGCUGAGAUUGCCGGGGGAAGGGAACCACCCUGCUGCCAUGGUUGUGUCGCGAGACGGUAGCCAGGCUGUGCUUUUCGCCUAUCAAUUGCUGUCCACGGUGAUGCAUGAGAUUCCCGUCCUCAAGCUGCAGGGGCUGGAGGCCAUGGAAAGAUACAAGAUCGACAACGGCGCCAUCUAUUCCGGUGCUACAUUGAUGAAUGGCGGUAUCCAGAUUGCUUUCGAAGGCGACUGUGAUAGCCGGGUCAUGUGCCUGGAGCGACAAUAG